GAGCUGAGCCUUUGCUCCCGGGCACAGAGCGGGAUUCCUCGCAGGGCAGUGCCCGAGCCGGGCGCUGUCCUGGCUGCUCCGUGCCAGAGCCCCCCGUGCCACCCCCAUGGGGGAUGACAUCGAGUGGCUGGACCUGCCGGGCAGGUGGACCUACGGCGUCUGCGGGGACGGGAGAAUCUUCUUCAUCGACGACGACACCAAAUCCACCAGCUGGGUGCACCCCGGCACGGGCUACUCCAUCCAGAGCGGGCACUUCUCCUGCGCAGGGCUGCCCCGCGGCUGGGAGGUGGACACCACCAUGCACGGCGGCCUCUACUUCAUCAACCACAAUGAAAGGCGGAACACCUUCCUGCACCCAGUGACGGGCCAGGUCCCCGAGGACACCUCAAGGCUUGACCUGCCCAAACAGAGCUCGGACAUGUCCAGCAAGGCGAGCAGCAAGCGGCCGGCCACCGUCCCCAGCGAGCCCCCCCACCACGCCAUGGUGGCCGAGGUGCCCCCAGAGCGCCCUGGAGGCCGGGCUCCGCGCUCCUCCCGCAAGGGCAUCGCCUUCGGGAAGCGCUCCAACUCCAUGAAGAGGAACCCCAACGCCGCUGUCACCAAGAGUGGGUGGCUCUACAAGCAGGCCAGCUCGGGGGUGAAGCAGUGGAACAAGCGCUGGUUCGUGCUGGUGGAUCGCUGCCUCUUCUACUACAAAGACGAGAAGGAGGAGAACAUCCUGGGCAGCAUCCCCCUGCUCAGCUUCCGCGUGGCCGCCGUGCAGCCCUCGGACAACAUCAGCAGGAAGCACACGUUCAAGGUGACCGUGUGCUGGCUGGAGGAGCUGCCGGCGCGUAACGGGCGGUCCCUGUCUCCCCAGGCCGAGCACGCCGGCAUCCGCACCUACUUCUUCAGCGCCGAGAACACGGAGGAGCAGGAAUCCUGGAUCCAGGCCAUGGGCGAGGCCGCCCGCGUGCAGAUCCCCCCGACGCAGAGGCACUCGGAGAAGCCGGACUCGGAGAACAUCCCGCCCAGCAAACACCACCACCACCACCAGCACUGCAACGCCGCCCACCGCGAGCACGGCAAGGCCGAGCCCGACGCCAAGGCCCGCGGGGAGGGCGACGGCCGCGGCUCGGAGAAGAUGGAGCGGAAGCCGUCGGAGCGGCCGGACGGCAAGAAGGAGCCUCUGGCCAAAGCCAACGGGCUGGCCGGGCAGGAGCCGCCCUCGGAGCCGGGCAGCCCCUACCCCGAGGGGCCGCGGGCGCCGGCGAGCGCCGAGCGGCCGGCACAGCCCAACGGGUGGCCGUACCCCUCGCCCAGCCGGCCCGGCAGCACCGCCUUCCCCCCGGGGGGUGACGGCGACAGCGGGGUCCCCCAGCGCCGGGGGGUCCCCCCCAGGUCCCACCCCGAGAAGGUGGCUCAGCGCAAGAGCUCCAUGACGCAGCUGCAGCAGUGGGUGAACUCCCGCCGCGCCACUGCGCCCCCCGAGGAGCUGCGCAGCCCCAGCAGGUUUUACCCCGUGUCCCGCCGCGUGCCCGACUAUUACUCGCCCUACUCGCCGCAGUACCCCGAGGAGUACCAGUACUACCCGCCGGGCGUGCGCCCCGACAGCAUCUGCUCCAUGCCCGCCUUCGAGCGCGUCAGCCCCGCCUGGGCGCUGGAGGACAAGCGCCACUCCUUCCGCAACGGGGGCCCCUUCCACGCCGCCUUCGGCCGCCAGGACGUGCCGCUGUGGCUGCCGGCGCCCGCCAGGCCGCCCAGCUACCUGGACGAGGUGGACGCGGCCUCGGGCUCGCUGCGGAGGAUGUCGCUGCAGCCGCGCUCGCGCUCGGUGCCGCGCUCGCCCAGCCAGGGCUCCUACGGCCAGGGCCGGGUUUACUCGCCCGUGCGCUCGCCCAGCGCCCGCUUCGAGCGGCUGCCGCCCCGCGGGGAUGAGAUUUACGCCGACCCCGCCACCUUCGUGAUGCGCAGGUCCAUCAGCUCGCCCAAGUAUGAUUACCUGGGUGACAGGCGGCCCGUCCCGGCCGGGGUGUACCCGUACCCCUUCCCAGCGUCCCCCACCAUCCAUGACAAGAUGGAUGAACUUUUAGACCUUCAGUUGCAAAGAAACCUAGAAUAUUUGGACCAGCAGAUGAGCGAGAGCGAGACCCUCAUCACUAUGGUGAACAGGAUGGUGGAGACCUCCCCCCCUAGGGCCCAGCUCUACAUGCAAGUGACGCCGUUCCCGGAGCCCUACAGGGACACCCUGCACCCCUACAAGAUCAGCGAGCAGGACACUGAUAAGCUGCUGGGGAAGCUCUGCGAGCAGAACAAGGUGCUGCGGGAGCAGGAGAGGCUGGUGCAGCAGCUCCGGGCUGAGAAGGAGAGCCUGGAGAGUGCCCUGAUGGGGACGCACCAGGAGCUGGAGAUGUUCGGCAGCCAGCCCGCCUACCCCGAGAAGCUGCUGCACAAGAAGGAAUCGCUGCAGAACCAGCUCAUCAACAUCCGGGUGGAGCUGUCCCAGGCCAGCACGGCCCUGGCAAACAGCACGGCCGAGUACGAGAGCCUGGAGAGCGAGGUGUCCACCCUGCACGAUGACCUCUGGGAGCAGCUGAACCUGGACAUCCAGAACGAGAUGCUGAACCGGCAGAUCCAGAAGGAGAUCUGGCGGAUCCAGGACGUGAUGGAGGGGCUGAGGAAGAACAACCCCUCCCGUGGCACCGACACCGCCAAGCACAGAGUGGCCCUGGGCCCCUCGGGCACUUACAGCUCCAACAGCCCCGCCAGCCCCCUGAGCUCUGCCAGCCUCACCAGCCCCCUGAGCCCCUUCUCCCUCAUCUCCGGCUCCCAGGGAUCGCCCACCAAGCCAGGCCCCGGCGAGGAACCGGGCCCGCCUCGACCUCCCCUCCCCAAGUCCUACGUUCCCCUGGAGUCUCCUCCGGCCGUUCCUCCGCUCCCCAGCGAGAGCCGCCUCUGGCCCCACCCCGCCUCCCCUUCCUGGCACCAAGGCGCUGGAGAGGCCAAGCGGGGACAGGCCAAACCAGGCUUUGAACAGAGCAAGAAGGAGCCCACCCGGCCCAGCCCCCCCGGCCCCACGCCCGAGGGGCUCCCGCAGAGCCGGACAGAGCAGGACGGGGACAAACAAGCAGCUCUGAACAAGGUCGGAAUCGUCCCCCCCAGGACCAAGUCUCCGGCAGAGGACGAGGCGGUGCCCAGGAGGAACGGCCUGGCCAACGGGCUCAGCUCCCGGGAGAGACCCAAGAGCGCCGUGUUCGCCACGGACACCAAGGUGAAGAUGAGCGUGGAGGAGCAGAUCGACCGCAUGAAGCGGCACCAGAGCGGCUCCAUGAAGGAGAAGCGGCGCAGCCUGCAGCUCCCCAGCCCCCAGCAGCUGCCCGGCCCCCAGCCCGACCCCCCCGGCACCAAAACCCCCUCCUCAUACAAGGUGGUGCGGCGGCACCGCAGCAUCCACGAGGUUGACAUCUCGGACCUGGAGGCGGCGCUGCGCUCCGACGAGCCCGGCCGGGUGUACGAGACCCCGCAGGAGGAGAUCGCCCGGCUGCGCAAGAUGGAGCUGGAGCCGCAGCACUACGACGUGGACAUCAACAAGGAGCUGUCCACGCCGGACAAAGUGCUGAUCCCUGAGCGCUACGUGGAGCUGGAGCCGGAAUCGCCCCUCAGCCCCGAGGAGAUGAAGGAGAAGCAGAAGAAGGUGGAAAGGAUCAAGACCCUCAUUGCUAAAUCCAGCCUGCAGAAUGUCAUCCCCCUGGGCGAGGGGGAGGUGGACACCCCCCAGGACCCGGAGAUGCAGCUGCAGGAGCAGGAGAAGAGGAUCGAGAUCUCGUGUGCCCUGGCAGCCGAGGCCUCGCGCCGCGGCCGGAUGCUCUCGGCUCAGUGCGCUACCCCCAGCCCUCCCACCUCCCCAGCCUCCCCGACUCCACCGACCAACCCCCUCUCGUCCGAGCCCCGGGCCGCCGACAGCAGCCACCUCAUGCGGGUGUGAGCCUGUGACCUCAAGCCCUGGCUGCCAUCAAGUUCCACGGGGCCACGUUUUAGUCCCCUGCUGAGGUGACACCGAACCUGUCGCCGCCGUGCUCGGCUCUCCCGGACCCCCCUCCCUCCCUCCGGCGGCGACACCACCGGGAGAUGUGGCACCGCCCCAAGGAGACGGGUGGGGGCUGGGGACUGUCCCCAAGGAGCCCCCAGGGCUGUCAGCGGCCCCAGGGACACACCCGGACAGCUGUGACAGCGGCCAGCGGCGAGCACAGGGACCCCCAAGGGGCUUUUGGGGUGGGGACCCCACCACGGACGGUGCUGCCUCCUUCCAGCGCUCCUGGAUUCUCCUCCUCGGCUCUUCAGGCACCGCUUCCCUUCCCUGAGCUCUGAUCCUGAUUUUGGGAGCUGUCCGUGUCACCUCCGGGUGAAGGAGGGGACAGGACGGAUGGGGUGGCACUGAGGGGACAUGGAGGUGUCCCCAGGGCUCGGAGCGGGAGGUGUGGGCAGGGAUGGGGAUGUUGGAUGGGAGCAGAGCAGGGAAUUGGGGUGCCAGGAGCUGUGGGCUCGGCAGGGACCCCCUCUGGAGGGUGGGGACGGUGCUGAGGAGGGGUUUGGGGACAGCCGGGGCUGUCCCCAUCCCGCUGUCACCAUCCAAAAAUCCCUUCCCGCGGCUCUCCAGCCCCUUCCAGCGGUUCGGAUUUCCUGUAGCAAAUUCCCCCUUUUUUUUUUUUUUUUUUUUUUUUUUUUUUCCCUUGGGGAAAAAGCAGAAUCCCUGGAAGGAUGUGAGGGUGGCAGGGCAGAUGCAGCCAGGAGCUGAAUCCCAAAUCCCAAAUAAUCCCAAAUAAUCCCAAAUCCCAUCCAUCCCUCCUGGCCUGAUCCCAACCCCCCAGGAUCUCCCUGCAUCCCAAUCCCAAUUUAGCAAUACUUGUAGGAUCCCUGGAGCCCUAACCCCGCUCCCCAGCCUCCCUCAGCCCCUUUAGCUCAUAAAGCUGGCCCUUUAUUUUGCUAUUUACAUGCCUUAAUAUAUGUUUGAUGGAAAUUCUACAUUUAUAAUAUAUAUCUAUAUUUGGUUUUUCCUCUUCUUUUCCCGGGAAAAAGCUCGUGCCGAGCUCUCUCUCUUCUCCGCAGGAUUUGUUGGCACCAGCCCUGCCAACAAAAAAAAAGAUUCUUUGCCAAUUUACCAGAGGGGGAAGGAAAUAUAAAAAAAUAAAAUUAAAAAAAAAAAAAUCACAAAAAAAAGAAGAAGAAAAAAGAAGGAAAAAAACCUAUUUAAAAAAAUAUAUCUAUUUUUUCUGCUUUUAUUAAAAAGCAAAUUUAUUUAAAAUAAAAUAUACAGAGACUGUAAGCUUGAAGAGAGGAUGAGUUUAUUUCCCUGUGUCCCUUUUCGGGUUGCUGGGGCAGACCCCCCAUUACUCUGGGGACACCUUAGGGACAUCCUGGGGUGGCUGUGGGGCAGCAAUUCCCAUUUCUGGGAUCCAGAAAGGACAAGGAGCAUCCCAAAGCUCCCAUCCCGCCCUUCCCAAAGCCACCUCCUGCUGUCCCCAAAGCAUGACCCAGCCGUGAUUUUAUUUUAUUUAAAAAAAAUAAUAAUAACAAUAAAAAACAAGGAAACCAAACCUUAAUUAAUUACUUAAUUUUAUUUUGGUUAUUAUUUUUCAUAAACACUUCAUAAAGCAGUGACUUGUUAACCCAGAAAGGAUUUGCAUCGGGAGGAAAUAAAUCUAUUUAUGCAUUUGGGGGGGUGGGAUGGGAGGGAUUUGGUUUUCUGGGAUAUUUUCCUAGCGGUAGAGAAAUAAAAAUAUCUAUGAAACAACGA